AUGGAGAAGGCAAGCAAUUGGAGGUCCUUGCUCCCAUCUCCCUUCGUUUUACUACUUCCCUCCCUGAUGAUCAGCCUUGUAUGUGCAACAGAAACCCUCCUUCCAGGACAAUUCCUGAAUGCUAACCAGAGUUUAGUCUCCAAAAAUGGCGCCUUCAAGUUGGGUGUUGACUGCACCAACCCUGGAGAUGAUAUUGAUUACUUCUGUGGUUUCAGCAUCUGGUUUGCUAACUCAUCAUCUUGCAGAUCUGAUCAUAUUCCAGUUUGGCAUCCUGAUCUGGAUACUUAUGGUCCUGGUACUUAUUUCUCAUCACCAUAUAACCUCUCAGUCUCAAAGGAAGGAUUGCUACAGAUCACGGGUGGUUAUUUGUUUUGGUCCUCAUCAUCCUACAUGACGACUGCUUCUAUCUCUGCUGUUGCAGUGCUUCUUGACAAUGGAAAUCUUGUGGCAAGAGACAAAGAAAACAGUUCCAUAGUGAUUUGGCGGAGUUUCGAUUGCCCAACUUCUAUACUGCUCCCUGGAGGAUACCUGGGAUUCAAUAGGAUAACCGGCAAGAAUGCUACGCUUACUAUUAAUUCAUAUUCUUUUGGCAUGAGUGUACUUACAUAUACCGUGUCACUGGAUGCAACUAGAAGGAGAGGUUUUAUUAUCCAGCAGAAUCCUGAUGGUCUGACAUUUGCUGGUACCUUCCCUGGAUGGAUGGACAUUCAUGAAGAAUUAGAUUAUGCCCUAACAUUCAACGACGAACACACAUACCUACAGUUAAAUAGAUCCGGGUUUAUUAGAUUUCUUAAACAAGGGGAAUGUGAUUCUAUUUUAUGGUCUGCCCCAGAUAGCUUAUGCAACUUUGAUUCAUAUUGUGGACCUUACGGCCUCUGCACAACAUCAGGCUCUUGUGUAUGCCCUGUUGGUCUUGAUCCACCAUUGACCAGUGCAUGGAUUGCUGCUGGUUGUUCAAGAAAGGCCCCUCUAAACUGUGGGAGUGUCGAAGUAGCAUUUCAUCCAAUAGAUGGCAUCCAUACAUAUUCUCAGAAUGCUUUGAAGUUGGAAGCUGCAAACAUGAAUAGUAGGCUGGAGGGCGAUGCUGAUGAGGAGCAGCUAAAGAGAGCCUGUAGAGUCCCAUGCUGGUGCAUUCAGGAUGCUGAAGAUCACAGGCCGAUGAUGGGGCAGGUUGUUCACAUACUGGAGGGUGUCAUGGGCGUCGAUGUCCCACCUGUUCCCAGGUCACUGCAAAACUAUGUGGGAAUGGAGGAUUCAACAGAUGUGGACAGUUUCUGA